AUGGGUGAUAAAAAGGCCGAGGAUGAAGGCGAAGAUGAUAGAUUAGAAUUCAUUUUAACGUAUUUAACCAAAUCGCACAGAUUGAAACAAGAAAAAUGGAACAAGAUGAUUCAACAGGAAGAAUACAAAAAAUUAAUAAUGAACUUUUUGACCAAUCCGGAAGAAAAAAUGUUGAUAUUCACUAUACCUUUAACAGGCCUUUUAACACCGAUGAGAAACUUCACAUCGCAGGUGAAACAGAAAUUUACUUACUUUAUACGUAAAAAGAAAGAAGCUGUAACUAUGGAGAAUUUCCGAGAUGUCUUAUGUUUCGGUGAUAUGGCAGGUAAACCUGUCGAAGAAAUGGGGAUACUUUUAGAAGGCGUUUUCGUACCAAUUCUAUCAUUUGUAGAAAAUCAAAGGGGGUGGCCUAAAGUUGUUGCCAACGAUGUCGUCACGCACGUUAGAAAUUUUAAAAAUACUGUAGAUCAGGUUAAAGGAGCGAUGAGGAGUAGAACAAUUUUACCAAUACCAUCUGACAUGGGAAAUGUAUUCGAAGCGGUGAUGAAUUAUCAAGAUUCCGAAGGGGAAGAAGUGGAUUUUACGUUGAAAAACGCACUAGAAAACGCCGUCAUGAAAUGGUCUUGUAUUUGUACGGAAAUACUCAACCAGUCGUCAGAUAUAGUUUUCGCUGGUGGCGCGAAUCCAACUCCAAAUAACGAAAUCGAUUUCUGGGUAUCGAGAAAUAAGAAUCUAGAAUCGAUUUACGAACAAUUAACAGAUUUACGUGUGAGAAAAGCUGGAGAAUUUCUGGAAUUAACAAACAGUUCGUGCUUGGAAAUGUUCAAAAAUUUAUUCAAGAGUGUAGUGGCAGCUUUAGUAGAAUCUAAAGAUAUAGUUAUGUAUCUAAGAUGUUUAUUGCCGCAUAUAAGCAGUUUUGACGGAGAUUUUUUUGACGUUGGGGAUGCGAUAAAACCAAUUGUACACUGUGUAGCGUUGAUCUGGGUAAAUUCUAAAUAUUAUUCUACUAACGACAAAAUUAUAAACUUGAUCAGAAUGAUCUGUAACAUGCUAAUAAAUUCGGCAGAAUUAUCUUUAGAUCCAGAUAAUGUAUUUCAAGGAGACGCCGAAGAAAUUCACAGUAAGAUCGUUCUGACUAUAAAUCUCAUUCAAAAAUUUAUGGAUUCAUUCGAAUACGUGCGGGAGAACUUGGACUCUUAUUAUGAUACCAUACCAGAACAUCUCGUUACCGAAGAACCUAUCGUUAGGAAGGGUUGGAAUUUCCAUAGGAGAGUCGUUUUUCAACGACUCAUAGAUUUUUUGGAAAGAUUGAACGUUAUAAAAGGUAUUCUCGGCGCUCAACUAGAAUUUAGUAAACUAGAAAAAGUUGAAAUAGGUGGUAUAAGAGGAAGAUUACUGAGUCAAAAGAUCGAAGAAAUAUUCGAAGAUUUCAACAAGUUGUAUCAAGUUUUUAGUAACAUUACGUACGAGGUGCUGGACUUAACAGAUGAUCACAUCGUAAGAGACGCUAAUACUUUCCAACAAAAUUGUGCUGAUUUGGAUAGACGUUUGGCUGCUAUAUUCUCCCAAGCUUUCGACGAUUGUCAUAAUUUGGAAGCGGUCUUCAAAUUCCUAAACGUUAUUGGUAUAUUAUUGAAGCGGCCCUUAAUAUCUGAGGAACUUACGGUGAAAUUUCACGUUAUAAUCGAUAUGUUUACAAUCGAAUUGGAUACGAUUAAAAAAUUGUACGACGAAGGUAUUGAAACUGGUGUACCAUUGGACGAUUAUUUUCCUCCGGUAGCAGGUACUUUGAUGUGGAUAAAUAACUUGAGAUUGAGAUUUAUGUUACCGACGAAUCAAUUUAAGCAAAUCGAAGAAGAUAUCGUAAAAUCCGAAGAAGCGGAGUUCGUUUUUCAAAAAGUUGAUGAAAUGCUCGGUAUUUUGAAUCGCGAACAAAAUCGCGUGUUUAGCACUUGGUGUUCUUAUGUACCCGACCAAAUCGAGAAAAGCAUGUCGAAAUUUCAGUUAAUUAAAAAGAAUAACCUAUUGUUACAACUAAACUUCGAUCCUGAGCUGGAGGCGAUACUGAGAGAAAUAAGAUAUAUGAAGUUAUUGAAUAUUGAAGGAAUUCCUCAAGAAGCCCUCGAUGUUUUUGAAUUGACCGAAGUUCUGAUGGCGGCGAUAAUUAAAUUGAGACGCAUCGUGGAAUGGUAUAAUUAUUUAAGAGUCAAUACGACUCCGAAUGAAUUUAAUUUAAUCAAAGAAGAAUUGGACGCCGUGGAUGAAAUUUUGGAAGCGUUAAUUCAUCAAAACACAUGGCGGACUAACGAUCCAGAUAUAAUCGUUGAAAUAUACGACGUGAUAAAACAAUUAACGGAUCGCGUGAAGAAGGCUCAAGAAAACGUAUCAAAUUUGAUGGCAGCGAUAUCGGAAUGGUCAACGAAACCUUUAUACGAACGAAAAGAUGGCAAAAAGGAAAAUUUGUUGUGUAUAGACGAGAGAGUUGAUCGAUGUCAAAAACGAUAUGAGCAGAUAACCGCUUGUAGUAUUCAAUUAGAAGAAGUGAUGAAAGAAAAUUAUCAUUUAUUCACGCUAUUGGAGGUUGAGGAACCUAUGUCUGGCGAGGAAGAAGAGGAUGAAGAGGAGGAGACUUUACCGCCGCCAGAACCGGAAAAACCGAAAGGGAAAGGUAAGAAAGAGGAAAAGCCGAAAGGGAAAACGAAAGAACCUCCACCACCGAAAAAGACCGAUUCCGAAAUUGCAAGAGAACAGGAAGCGGCUGCAAAACUCGAAGCAAUGAAUAUAUUGAGAGCAAAAAAGCAAAUAUUGUGGGAUCCGUAUUUAAAAGAUAUCGACGGUAUGGUAAAAGAUAAAAUAAUGUCGGCGAUCAAUUUGAAUAUCAUUCUUCUGAAUUCCGAAACUGGCGAUAUUCUCCCGCUAACGCCGUUCUUGGAAUUAUUGAUGGAACUGCACGAUCAAAUCAUAGUAUUCGUUCCUUCCGCGGAUCUCGAAGAUCCAGAUAGUUUCUUGAAUCAAAUGGAAAUGAUUCUGGACGAUAUUUAUAUAAUGGGAAAUUAUAUGAUAAGAGUCGAUCCCGAUGAUAAAGAAUCAUUUUACGAAAUAGCCCGGUACGAUGAAGAGCUCGAGGUGAAGUAUAAUGAAUUUUGCGGAAGGAUAGUGCAAGGAAUGGAAGCUGCGAACGAAUAUAUAAAAACUUUCCAUCAAUAUUCGCACCUAUGGGAAAUGGAUAGGAAUCAAUAUUUGCGGGAAUUUCUCCUAUACGCGCGACCGUUAACCAUUGAAGAGCAAGAACAACUGAAGGACGAAAAUAAUCCUAAUCCUAUUAAGGAAACUCCACCGACUAUUGAUCAGUUCAAGGAUGAGAUCGAACGGUAUGAACAACUGUACAAGAAGGUAGAACAAAUACCUGGGGAGAAAAUCCUCAUGGAGGGUUGGUUGCGGCUGGAUGUGAAGCCAUUGAGACAAGCAAUUCUAAAUACAAUUUGUAAAUGGGGCAUGCUUUUUAAAAAUCAUUUAUAUAACAGAGUAAUAGACAGUUUAACGGAAUUGGAGACAUUUAUAGCGGAAGCUAUUAGCGCUAUGCAGGUUACACUAGCAGAAGAUGAUUACGACGGAUUGAUACAGGUAAUGCAAUACCUUUUUAAAGUAAAAGAAAGACAAUUGGAAACCGACGCUAUGUUCGAACCUUUAAAAGAGAUUAUGGAUCUUCUCAAACAAUACGGCUUCGAAUUUUCUGAAGAAAUUCAUGUACAAUUACAAGAAAUUCCUGAUAGAUGGGUACAAUGUAAAAAGGUUGCCGCUGUUACAAAACAAAACGUGGCACCGCUCCAAACUCUGCAAGUUGUAUCGAUCAAACGCAGAAUUAAUCUGUUCGAAAUAAGGCAGUCGAUGUUUCGAGAAAGUUUCAAAAAACUGCCGUUUUAUAAGUGGGGUUGUGAAAAUAUAUACGAUUUGUUAGACAAAACUAAUAACCAACUACGUUGUUUGGAAAACGAAAGGGAUACGCUACAAAAUCAAUCGAAUUUGUUUGAAUUGACUUUUCCAGAAUUUAAGCCAAUCAAAGCAGCCAGAAAAGAGAUACGACAGAUUAAACAGCUAUGGGAUUACGUCAAUGUGGUUAUGUCCUGUUUGGAGGAAUGGAAAGAUACGGCGUGGAAAAAAAUCGACGUAGAAGGUAUGGAAAUGGAAUGUAAGAAAUUCGGUAAAGAAAUUAGACAAAUGGAUAAAGAAAUAAAAGGUUGGGACGUGUACAUUCAAUUGGAAGCUACUAUUAAAAAUAUGCUGACAUCUUUACGUGCUGUUACCGAAUUACAGAAUCCAGCAAUAAGGGAAAGGCAUUGGAUACAGUUGAUGCAAGCCACAAAGGUGGCAGAAAGGUUACCUCCUCAUUAUACAGUGAGAUUUGUGAUGACCGACGAGACAACGUUGCGUGAUCUCCUAGCGCUCCAUCUUCACGAAUACGAAGAGGAAGUUAAAAAUAUUGUUGAUAAAUCGGUGAAAGAAAUGGCGAUGGAAAAGGUACUCAAAGAAUUGAACGCCACUUGGAGUGUUAUGGAAUUCGAUUUCGAAACACACGAGAGAACGAAGCUUCGAAUUCUCAGACUCGGCGAAGAGGUCAUCGAGAUGCUAGAAGAAAAUCAGGUCGCCCUUCAAAAUAUGAUGACGUCCAAAUUCAUUGAUUUUUUCUUGGACGAAGUUUCCGAUUGGCAGAAAAAACUUUCGAAUGCGGACCAAGUUACAAAUGUUUAUUUUGAGGUACAAAGAAAGUGGAUGUAUCUCGAGAGUAUUUUCAUCGGAUCCGAAGACAUAAGAAAUCAGUUACCAGAAGAUUCUAAGAGAUUCGAUAGAAUAGAUAGAGAUUUUAAAGAAGUUUUAAAAGAUUUGUCGAGCACCCCAAAUAUAGUUAAGGCUACCAACAAACCGAAUUUGAGUGACAAAUUAGAUACUCUUUUGUCAGAUUUAACGUUGUGCGAAAAAGCUUUGAACGAUUAUUUGGAAACGAAAAGACUCGCGUUUCCGAGAUUUUAUUUCGUUUCAGCUGCCGAUCUACUCGAUAUAUUAUCUAAUGGUAACCAACCGGAGCUCAUUCAGCGACAUCUGACGAAGUUAUUCGAUUCAUUGGGACGAUUAAUAUUUGAUUCACAAGGUUCCAAACGAGCCAAAGCGAUGAAAUCCAAAGAAAACGAAGAGAUUGUCCCUUUCGUCGGAUUAUGCGAUUGCACUGGUAAAGUCGAAACGUGGUUAAAUAGAGUUAUUGAUGCGAUGCGCACCACCCUUCAUCAACAAUUCAGCGAAUGUGUCAUUACAUAUGAUGAAAAACCUAGAGAAUUAUGGAUUUACGAUUAUCCAGCUCAACCGGCUCUAUGCGGUACUCAAAUAUGGUGGAACACUGAAGUGAAUUUGGCUUUUGCUCGAUUAGAAGAAGGUUACGAAAAUGCUUUGAAAGACUAUCAAAGAAAACAAAUUAAUCAGUUGAAUGCUUUGAUUUCUUUACUACUGGGCGAUCUUACGCCGGGUGAACGUCAAAAAAUUAUGACUAUAUGUACGAUCGAUGUACACUCGAGAGACGUUGUAGCCAAGAUGAUUGUGAUGAAAGUGGAAAACUCGCAAGCUUUUCAAUGGCAAAGUCAAUUGAGACAUAAAUGGGAUGAUACAAGAAAGGAUUGUUUCGCCAAUAUUUGCGACGCCGAAUUCAGAUAUUCUUACGAAUAUUUAGGCAACACACCGCGUCUUGUGAUUACACCAUUAACUGAUAGAUGUUACAUAACCUUGACACAGAGCUUACAUUUAAUUAUGGGCGGCGCUCCGGCUGGUCCCGCAGGAACCGGGAAAACGGAAACCACUAAAGAUCUUGGCAAAGCUUUAGGGAUGAUGGUGUACGUUUUCAACUGUUCGGAACAGAUGGAUUAUAAAUCGAUCGGUAACAUUUAUAAAGGAUUAGCGCAAACGGGCUGUUGGGGUUGUUUUGACGAGUUCAAUAGAAUAUCCAUAGAAGUAUUGUCCGUAGUAGCUGUACAAGUGAAGAUUAUUCAAGAUGCGAUCAAAGAUAAGAAGAAAACUUUCUUCUUUCUAGGAGCGGAGAUACAACUAACUCCUACAAUAGGUUUAUUUAUCACAAUGAAUCCGGGAUACGCGGGAAGAACGGAACUUCCCGAGAACCUGAAAGCCCUUUUCAGACCUUGCGCUAUGGUGGUACCGGAUUUUGCUUUGAUUUGUGAAAUCAUGUUGGUCGCCGAAGGUUUUAUGGAAGCUAGAUUACUAGCAAGGAAAUUUAUAACUUUAUAUACAUUGUGUAAAGAAUUAUUGAGUAAACAGGAUCACUACGAUUGGGGAUUGAGAGCUAUUAAAUCGGUGUUGGUGGUGGCUGGAUCUUUGAAAAGAGGAGAUCGUCAGAGACCGGAGGAUCAAGUACUUAUGCGGGCGCUCAGAGAUUUCAACAUUCCUAAAAUAAUAACUGAUGACGUACCGGUUUUCAUGGGAUUGAUUGGUGAUUUGUUUCCUGCUCUUGAUGUACCCAGGAAACGUGAUCCAGACUUCGAGAAAAUGGUUAAAAAAAGUGCAGUUGAUUUGAAAUUGCAGCCCGAGGAUGGGUUUAUAUUGAAAGUAGUGCAAUUAGAGGAAUUGUUUGCUGUUAGACAUUCUGUGUUUAUAAUAGGUUUUGCAGGUACUGGUAAAUCCAUGGUGUGGAAAACACUCAACAGGACUUAUUACAAUUUGAAACAAAAACCCGUUUAUGCCGAUUUAAAUCCAAAAGCGGUUACGAACGACGAGCUUUUCGGUAUCAUAAAUCCUGCGACCAGAGAGUGGAAAGACGGAUUGUUUUCCGUGAUAAUGAGAGAUCAGGCAAAUUUGACUGGCGACGGCCCCAAAUGGAUUGUAUUGGAUGGCGAUAUAGAUCCAAUGUGGAUAGAAUCUCUGAACACUCUAAUGGAUGACAACAAAGUGUUAACCCUUGCUAGUAACGAACGCAUCGCCUUAACCAAACCCAUGAGACUCUUAUUCGAAAUAGCCAAUUUACGUACAGCUACUCCAGCUACCGUAUCCAGAGCAGGAAUCCUAUACAUCAAUCCGGCAGAUUUGGGUUGGAAUCCAUUCAUUGCAUCUUGGGUAGAUACGAGAGAAAUACAAUCUGAGAAAGCGAACCUGACAAUUCUUUUCGAUAAAUAUGUACCGUCCUGUUUGGAAUACGUUAAAACCAAAGUUAAAAAAAUCACUCCCAUAUCUGAUAUAGCGCAUCUUCAAAUGUUGUGUCUUCUACUUGACUGUUUUUUGACACCGGAAAACGUACCAACCGAUUGUCCGAAAGAAUGGUACGAAAUAUAUUUCGCUUUUUCCGUCGUUUGGUCGUUCGGAUCGUGUUUGUUCCAAGAUCAAAUCAUCGAUUGGAGAAACGAAUUCAGCAAAUGGUUUACGAACGAAUUCAAAACAGUCAAAUUCCCAGUUGGUUCUAACGUAAACGUAUUCAGCUUCUAUAUUGAGAACGAAACGAAAAAGUUUUGCCCUUGGACGGAUCUAGUGACGGAUUUCGAAUUAGAUCACGAUAUUCCUCUUCAAGCGACUUUAGUUAAUACUGCCGAAACUACAAGAAUUCGAUUUUUCAUAGAUCACUUAUUGGAUAAGAAAGCUCCUGUUAUGUUAGUAGGUCCGGCGGGUAGCGGUAAAACCGUCAUGGUACAGGAAAAAUUGAACGCUUUGACAGAAGCUCACGCCGUCACAAACGUACCGUUCAAUUUUUACACCACAUCCGAAAUGCUUCAAAGGAUUUUAGAAAAACCUUUGGAGAAAAAAGCCGGUCGCGUAUACGGUCCACCCGGAAGUAAAAUUAUGAUAUAUUUCAUCGACGAUAUGAAUAUGCCUGAAGUUGAUAAAUAUUUUACAGUACAACCGCAUACGCUUUUAAAACAAUACAUGGACUAUCAACAUUGGUACGAUAGGCAAAAAUUAACCUUAAAAGAUAUACACAACGUACAAUUUAUAUCUUGCAUGAAUCCUACUGCAGGUUCUUUUACGAUCGAUCCUCGAUUACAGAGACAUUUUUGCGUAUUUUCCGUCGGUUUUCCAUCACAAGAUGCUUGUUUCCAUAUUUACAAUUCAAUUUUUAGUCAACAUCUCGAAGAUCCCACAAAGAAAUUUUCACCGGGUCAAAGUAAAUUUUGCGAGCCUAUAGUUAGCGUUGCAUUGGGGCUUCAUUACAAAAUGUCAUCGAACUUUUUACCUACGGCAGUCAAAUUUCAUUACACGUUCACGUUGAGAGAUUUAUCGAAUAUUUUCCAAGGUAUGUUGUUCGCUACCGGGGACGCAGUUAAAACUAAUAACGAUAUGAUUCGACUAUGGAUUCAUGAAGCAAGUAGAGUUUACAAAGAUAAAUUAGUAGAUCGUUUUGAUCAAAAUAACUUCAAUAAAUUAUUGAUGGAUAUGGUGAAGAAGAGUUUCGAAGAUUUGGACGAGAAUGUCGUUUUUGAAACGCCCCUAAUAUAUUGUCAUUUCGCUGAAGGAAUCGGAGAUCCCAAAUAUUUCCCCAUAGCAGAUUUCAAACAUCUCAGUCGUUUACUUAACGACGCUCUGGGUGGAUACAACGAUCUUGUAGCAGCAAUGAAUUUAGUACUUUUCGAAGACGCGAUGUAUCAUAUAUGUCGUAUUAACCGAAUUAUGGAAUCUCCUCGCGGAAAUGCUUUGCUAGUAGGAGUCGGUGGUUCCGGAAAACAAUCAUUAACUCGCUUGUCGUCGUUUAUAUCAUCUUUCGAAGUAUUCCAAAUCCAAUUGAAGAAAGGUUAUUCCAUGAAUGACAUGAAAGCCGAUAUAGCUACAUUAUAUCUGAAAAUCGGAUUGAAAAGUGUCGGAAUUGCUUUUCUCAUGACCGACGCUCAAGUACCUGAGGAAUCUUUUUUGGUUUUAAUCAACGAUAUGCUCGCUUCCGGAGAGAUAAGUGAUUUACUGGGAGACGAAGACGUCGAAAAUGUAAUUAACGCAAUGAAAGGAGAAGUUAAAGGUAUCGGUUUACAAGAUACAAGGGAAAAUUGCUGGAAAUUUUUCAUUGAUCGUGUAAGGAGAUUAAUGAAAAUCAUUUUAUGUUUUUCGCCGGUUGGAUCUACUCUACGAGUACGGGCGAGAAAGUUCCCCGCUUUGGUUAAUUGUACAUCGAUCGAUUGGUUCCACGAAUGGCCUAAAGAAGCCUUGGAAUCGGUAUCUGAGCGAUUUUUAGCCGAAAUAGAAGUACUUCCGACACCUCUGGUCCGUUCAGUUUCCUUAUUUAUGUCUUAUGUACAUACCGUCGUUAACGAAAUGUCACAAGCUUAUCUCGCAAAUGAAAAGCGAUAUAAUUACACAACACCCAAAUCGUUUUUAGAACAAAUUGAUUUAUACGGUAAACUGUUGACCGAAAAAACUGUCGAUGUUAAAAACAACAUAGUACGAUUAGAAAACGGUAUUACCAAACUUGCAUCUACUUCCGUCGAAGUAGACGCUCUUAAAGAAGUUUUGGCUGUACAAGAAGUUGAACUCGCAGUCAAAAACGAAGCGGCUUCGAAAUUAAUAUCCGUUUUAUCCGCCGAAAACGAGAAAGUUGCAACCGAACAAGCAAUCGCCAGCGAAGAAGAAGCCAAAGUCAGAGUUAUCGAAGAAGAUGUAAGCGUAAAAGCUAAAAUAUGUCAAGAAGAUUUAUUGAAAGCCGAACCGGCGUUGAUAGCAGCUCAAGAAGCUUUAAAUACUUUGAAUAAAAAUAAUUUGACCGAAUUAAAAUCUUUCGGUUCUCCUCCAGAAAUUGUGGUAGAAGUUUGCGCUGCUGUAUUGGUAUUAUUCUCAAAAAAAGGAAAAAUUCCCAAAGAACGUGGUUGGAAAGACUGUAAACAAAUGAUGGCAAGAGUCGAUGUGUUUUUGAACGAUCUAUUAACGUAUGACAAAGAUAAUAUGUCACCCGAAGUAGUAAAAGCUACGUUAGAAUACACGAAAAAUCCAGAAUUUUCUCCGGAAAAAGUCUAUACGAAAUCACUAGCCGCCGCGGGUCUUUGUUCGUGGGUAAUCAACAUAUUGAAAUAUUACGACGUUUUCGUAGUGGUAGAACCUAAAAGAAAAGCAUUAGCGGCGGCCAAUAAAGAAUUGAACGAAGCUCGACAACGUUUAGCCGAACUAACGGAAAAAUUGAACGUUUUAGAAAGACAAUUAGCCGUUCUUAAAGCCGAUUACGAUGACGCUAUCAACGAAAAAAUGAAAUGUCAAGCCGAAGCCGAUGCUACAAACAUGAAAAUAGAUAUAGCCAAUCGUUUAGUUGGUGGAUUAGCUUCCGAAAACGUCCGAUGGCGACAACUUAUCGAAGAUUACAAAGCCUCUAUCGUCACACUACCUGGCGAUAUUUUAUUAGUUUGCGCUUUCAUUUCGUACGUAGGUUGCUUUACAAAGAAGUACCGUUCGGAUUUGUUAUAUAAAUAUUGGAAACCGUUUCUUACAAAAUUGGAAGUACCCAUACCGAUGACUGACGAUUUAGAUCCGUUGUCUUUAUUAACAGACGACGCGAAAAUAGCUCAAUGGAAUAACGAAGGUUUACCUACCGAUAGAAUGUCAACGGAAAACGCUUGCAUUUUGACAAAUUCGGCUCGUUGGCCUUUAAUGAUUGAUCCCCAAUUACAAGGAAUCAAAUGGAUAAAAACUAAAUACGGAGAUUCUUUAAAAGUAGCGAGACCGACGCAAAGAAAUUACAUCGAUGCGAUAGAAAAAUGUCUUUCCGAUGGAAAAAUAAUACUUUUAGAAAAUAUCGGCGAAACGUUAGACGCUGUGCUGGAUAACGUUUUAGGUAGAGUGUUGAUUAAGAAAGGAACGUGCGUUAAAGUGGGAGAUAAAGAAGUUGAUUACGAUCCUAGAUUCAGGUUGAUUUUACAUACAAAAUUAGCGAAUCCCCAUUACAAACCGGAAAUUCAAGCUCAGAGUACUCUAAUAAAUUUCACUGUUACUCGAGACGGUUUGGAGGAACAACUGUUGGCGGAAGUAGUAAAAGCCGAAAGACCGGAUUUGGACGCUCUGAAAUCCAGCUUAACGAAACAACAGAACGAUUUUAAAAUAACGUUAAAAACUUGCGAAGAUAAUUUACUAUACAGAUUAUCAUCGGCGACGGGUAAUAUACUGGAUGAUAUAGAAUUAGUAUUGAACUUGGAAACGACGAAGAAAACCGCGAACGAGAUUGGAGUGAAAAUGGAAGAAGCGAAAAUAACUUCUGUUAAAAUAGAUGAAGCUCGGGAACAAUAUAGACCGUGCGCCGCGCGAGCUUCACUUUUAUAUUUCAUAUUAAACGACUUGAAUCGAAUCAACGCCAUUUACCAAUUUUCCUUAAAAGCUUUUAGCGUCGUUUUCAAAGACGGUUUAAGUAAAGCCGUACCUGCAGAAAAAUUAAAAGAUCGUGUAUUAAAUUUAUUAGAUAGUAUAACUUUCUCGGUUUUCAUGUAUACUUCGAGAGGUUUAUUCGAACGAGACAAGUUAACUUUCACCGCACAGAUGGCGUUUCAAAUACUACUUCAACUAGAAGAAAUUCAAGCGUUCGAAUUAGAUUUUUUGUUACGUUGUCCGUCUUUACCUGGCUUAACUUCCCCCGUGGACUUUUUGAACAACGUCAAUUGGGGUUCUAUAAAGGCGUUAUCUUCUUUGGACGAAUUUAAAAAUAUCGAUAAAGAUUUGGAAGGUUCCGCUAAAAGGUGGAAAAAGUUUGUCGAUAGCGAAUGCCCGGAAAAAGAGAAACUUCCAGGCGAAUGGAAAAAUAAAUCGUCGCUACAGAGAUUGUGUAUUAUGCGAUGUUUAAGACCGGAUCGAAUGACUUACGCUACCGCAGGUUUCAUUGAAGAAAAAAUCGGCAAUAAAUACGUAACGGCGAGAAGUGUCGAAUUUGAAAAAUCUUACGAGGAAACUAGCGCGCAAACACCGACGUUUUUCAUUCUUUCACCCGGUGUAAAUCCGCUUAAAGAUGUCGAAAAACUCGGGAGGAAAUUGGGUUUCGUAUUUGAUAAAGGAAAUUUUCACAGCGUUUCGUUGGGUCAAGGUCAAGAGAUCGUAGCUGAAAAUUCUAUGGACGUAGCUGCCGCGGAAGGACAUUGGGUAAUUUUACAGAACAUCCACUUGGUGGUCAAAUGGUUGGCGACGUUGGAGAAGAAAAUGGAACAAUGUGCCGAAAUUGGGCAUGUAAACUACAGAUUAUAUCUCAGCGCGGAACCAUCGGCGGAUCCCCAGGAAUGUGUGAUACCUCAAGGUAUCCUGGAAUCUUCCAUUAAAAUCACGAACGAACCUCCAACUGGCAUGUUUGCUAAUUUACAUAAAGCCUUGGACAACUUUAACCAAGAAACAUUGGAAAUGUGUACUAAGGAAGCGGAAUUCAAAGCUAUUUUAUUUUCACUAUGCUAUUUCCAUGCGGUAGUAGCGGAGAGAAGAAAAUUUGGUCCGCAAGGUUGGAAUAGAAACUAUCCAUUUAACGUUGGGGACUUGACCAUAAGCGUCAGCGUCUUGUAUAAUUAUUUGGAAAACAAUAGCAAAGUACCUUGGGAAGAUUUGCGUUAUCUAUUUGGUGAAAUAAUGUACGGUGGUCACAUAACCGAUGACUGGGAUAGAAGAUUAUGUAGGAGUUACCUUUUUAAUUACAUGCAACCUGAAUUGCUCGACGGUGAUUUGAUGUACGCCGAAGGAUUUCAAUGUCCGCCUAAUACGGAUUACGCGGGUUAUCACAAAUACAUCGACUCUAGAUUACCACCGGAAAGUCCUUAUUUAUACGGUUUACACCCUAAUGCCGAGAUCGGUUUCUUAGCUAGUACUUCGGAUAACAUGUUCAGGACCAUUUUCGAAAUGCAACCUAGAGAUGCCGGAGCUGCUGCCGGAGCAGGAAUUUCUAGAGAGGAGAAAGUGAGGGGCACAAUAGAAGAUAUACUUGAUAAAUUACCUGAAGCUUUCCCAGUAGCAGAAAUGAUGGCGAAAGUUGAGGAUAGAACCCCGUAUAUUAUUGUCGCGUUCCAAGAAUGCGAUCGCAUGAAUAACUUGACAUCUGAAAUGAAGAGGUCUCUCCACGAACUCGAUCUGGGUUUAAAAGGAGAACUGACUAUAACUUCCGACAUGGAGUAUCUAGAUGAAGCGCUAUUCAUGGAUCAAGUUCCGGAAUCAUGGUCAGUCAAAGCCUAUCCUAGUUUGUUACCAUUAGGACAGUGGGUAGGGGAUUUAACUCUGAGAAUUAAAGAGCUAGAAGGCUGGACAAAUGACUUUUCUAUGCCUCCAACAGUUUGGUUGGGUGGAUUCUUUAAUCCGCAAUCUUUUUUGACUGCCAUUAUGCAGCAAACGGCUAGAAAGAACGAAUGGCCUUUAGAUAAAAUGUGUUUGAUGACUGACGUAACUAAGAAACAAAAAGAAGACUUUACGGCUGCCCCCAGAGAGGGUUCGUAUGUUUCCGGACUCUAUAUGGAGGGAGCGAGAUGGGAUAUACAGUUGAAUAGCUUAGCCGAUUCGAAACUGAAAGAAUUGUUUCCGGUCGUACCCGUUAUAUUUAUAAAAGCUAUAACGCAGGAUAAACAGGAUUUGAAAAAUAUGUACGAUUGUCCAGUCUACAAAACGAGAAUGAGAGGUCCGACUUUCGUAUGGACAUUCAAUUUAAAAACUAAAGAAAAAGCGCUCAAAUGGGUUUUGGCGGGUGUUGCUUUACUAUUACAAAUUUGA